CAAAACUUUGUCGUUAGCUUUAACCUUAUAGCUACAACCUAGUACCUACUACUACUACCUAGUGUCACACUCUAAUCUCAACCUUAUUAUUAUUAUCUUAACAAAAAAAAACCAAAAUCAAAUUCUCCUCCUUCUUCCUUUUGAACUCACUUCUACUCUCUCAAAAUACUAAUUUUUGUAUAUCAAUACAUGUAUAUGAACUAUGUAUGUAAUGUCAUUUACUUUUAUAGUUGCUUCUUCAUGAAGAAACGACAAAGUUCAAUAGUUGUAUCAAUCUUUUUCCUUUGUUUGAUUAUAAAGAAUCUAUCUUUUUUCCUCUAUUGGAUCUUCUUAUAGAUUUCUACACCCUCUUUCACUCUCUUCCUCUUGUACUAUGUUCCUAUAUUUUCAUAUCUUGAUCUCUCUUUUGUGAUUCUCAACUUUUUAUCCUAACAUCAAAAAUUCAACCUUUCUUUCAAAGGGUGGUGGAUUAUAUAUUCUUAGUAUCAAAUUAAUUAUUUUCACACUCAUAUAUUAUAAUUUUAGCACAUCAUGAUUUUCAUCAAGAUUCUAUAUGAUUCUAAAAGGUAUGAUUUUGAUAGAUUCUCAACAUUAUCUUAAAAAUCUCACAAGUAAAAGAUUCUUAGUUUAGUUCUACUCUAUCAAAGUUAUAUAAUUUCUUCAUUUUUAUGGUUUUUUUGUGAGUUUAAAAAUCACCCUUUUGUAGUAGUAUUUGUGAUUUAAGCUAUGGAUUUAGAAACCCUUUAUUCUCCUUAUUUUAUGUUGGAUUCAAAUUGGUUUGUUGAAGAGAGUUACAAAACAGAAUGGAGUAGAGAAGAUAAUAAGAAAUUUGAAAGUGCUCUUGCUAUAUAUGAUAAGGAUACACCAGAUAGAUGGUUAAAAGUUGCUGAGAUGAUUCCUGGUAAAACUGUUUAUGAUGUGAUUAAGCAAUAUAGGGAAUUGGAAGAAGAUGUUUGCGAAAUCGAAGCUGGAAAUGUUCCGAUUCCCGGUUAUCUUUCUUCUUCUUUCACCUUUGAGGUUGUUGAAAAUCAAAACUAUGAUGGAAGUAAAAGAAGACAUGUAACUGUUAGAGGUUCUGAUCAUGAGAGGAAGAAAGGUGUUCCUUGGACUGAAGAGGAACAUAGGCGUUUUCUGAUGGGACUACUAAAGUAUGGAAAAGGCGAUUGGAGAAACAUCUCUCGCAAUUUCGUCGUGACAAAAACUCCGACACAAGUAGCAAGUCAUGCACAAAAGUACUACAUAAGGCAAAAGGUUUCAUCUGGAGGCAAAGAUAAAAGAAGACCAAGCAUUCAUGAUAUUACAACUGUUACUCUUACAGAAACUUCUUCUGCAUCAGAUAAUAAGCAGAAAAUGGGUUGGACUAGUAGUCACUACAAUGAUGGAUCACUACAAGGACAAGAUCUCUAUGACUGCUCUUUUCAUGAAUCUUAUGCUAAGAUGAAAGUUUCCGGUUUCGCGACGGCUUCUAGAGACUUCAACAAAGAAGCUGUUUUUGGUAUUCAUGCACUUUAAUGUUGAUGACAUGAAGCUACUUGGUUCAUCAACAUCUUGAACCUUAAAGCAGAUUGCAAUAAUGUUUCAAUCUUUAAUCUGAAUUUGGAAUGGACUUAUUUUCUUUUUCUUUUUUUUUUUCCUUUCUCUUUAUCUUUUAACUAUGAUAGUGAUUAUGUCUAUCUUUUGUAGUACCAAUUUGUAUCAUAUUAUAUUCAGGCAUGCUUAGUCUCAAGAGCAAUAAGAUAAACAUCACUAUAAUUAAAUUAUAGUAUUACCACAA